AUCAAACCGGACCGAAUUCCCCGACUCUCCCCAAUAAAAAAUCCCCAAAUCGCCCGUCUCGUUUCCUCCUCGCAACACGCGUUCCCGAAUUCCCCAAUCCGAUCUGAUUGCCCUCGCCGUCGAACCCUAGCCAAACUCCACGAUCGGGGGCGGGGCGAGCUCGGCGGCGAUGGGGAACCCGGAGAAGCUGAUGACCCAGAUCUUCGACCUCAAGUUCACCUCCAAGUCGCUGCAGCGGCAGGCGCGCAAGUGCGAGAAGGAGGAGAAGGAGCAGAAGCUCAAGGUGAAGAAGGCGAUCGAGAAGGGGAACAUGGACGGCGCGCGCAUCUACGCCGAGAACGCCAUCCGCAAGCGCACCGAGCACAUGAACUACCUCCGCCUCGCCUCCCGCCUCGACGCCGUCGUCGCGCGCCUCGACUCCCAGGCCAAGAUGCAGGUCAUCGGCAAGUCCAUGCAGUCCAUCGUCAAGUCGCUCGAUUCCGCGCUCGCCACGGGGAACCUGCAAAAGAUGUCCGAGACCAUGGACAACUUCGAGCGCCAGUUCGUCAACAUGGAGGUCCAGGCAGAGUUCAUGGAGGGCGCCAUGGCCGGAUCCACAUCUCUCUCCACACCGGAGACCGAGGUCAACAGCCUCAUGCAGCAAGUCGCCGACGACUACGGCCUUGAGGUCUCCGUUGGGCUGCCGCAGGCCGCGGCUCACGCCAUACCCGUUGCCAAGGAGAAGGAGAAGCAGGUUGACGAAGAUGACCUCACCCGCCGCCUGGCUGAGCUCAAGGCCCGCGGCUGAGUGAUUUCAGUUCAGAUAUACGAUUAAUGCAACCUUCUCGCAGGCUGCUAUGAGCCAUUGUCACGUGGAGGACUACUCAUUAGAUUCGUAAAUACUGUUAUGCUAAAACGCGGUUUGUGUUGGGAUCCGUGGACUUCAUUAAAAUUGAAAACUUUGCUAUGUGAUAUAAAUCCAUGUGUGGGCUUGAGAACACAUCUGUGUGCGUCUCCUAAGCCUGCUGUGUUCGUGUGAACAGAAACGUUGAA